CACGCCCCCUGACCGACCCGCAGCUUCACAUGUCUCAUUUAAACAGAUGAUCCCUCAAACAGCGCGGGGUCUGCGGAGUUUCCUGGACUAACCCGCCUCCUCCGAACCCGAGGAGCCCGGAGGCUCCUCCUGCUCCGAUGCUGCUCCGGUGGUUGCGGUCCGCCUGGGGACCCGGCGGGUCUGCAUGGACCGGACCGGUCUGCGUUUCCGCCUCGGCCUCGUUCUCCCGGUUCUCCCGGCCCGGCGCGCCCAAACCCGGAACCGGGACGUGGUGGAGUCCGCGGAUGGUUCCGGAGACGUCCCGUCGGCCCGGUUCUGGUGAGUUGAGGGGGAUUUCGGCGGACCCCCGGGUCUGGACCCCGUCCAGGUGGGACCAGCGGCGCCGAUACUCCACCACCAUCAUGAGGUCCGUGUUGAAACCGGGUCUGAAGGCGGCGCCGGGUCCCGGGAAGAGGCCUCCGAAGGGACCGCGGACCAAGCAGCCGUCCCGAUCCAACCAGCCGUCCCAGAACCAGGACCGGGACCUGAUGCAGUGCAUCGCCUUCGCCACGGCGGACCAGUACCACCUGCCCACCCUGAGCCAGGACCUGCUGGGCCGCGGCUUCCAGGAGGUGGACCUGCCCCGAGACGCCUCCAACAUUCUGGUGAUCCGGUCCGACGCGGCGGCCAAGCCGGACGACGGCGCUCUGAUGUUCUUCUUCAGGGAGGGCUCGGUCGUCUUCUGGAACGUGGAGGAGAAAACGCUCAAGAAGGUUCUGAGGAUCCUGGAGAACCACGAGAUCCAGCCCUACGAAGUGGCCUUGGUCCACUGGGAGAACGAGGAGAUCAGCUACACCGUGGGACCGGGACACACCAAGCUGGACCGGGGGAACUUCGUCCUCAGUGACGCCGCGCCGCCGCAGGACGCCGUUCUGGAGAAGUUCGCCUUUUCAAACGCGCUGUGCCUGUCAGUGAAGCUGGCCAUCUGGGAGGUUUCAUUAGACGACUUUGUGGAGUCGAUCCAGUCGAUUCCUGAGACCCUGAAGUCCGGGUCCCGGGUCCGGCUGUCCUCGGCAGACGUGAUGCAGAAGAUCGGAGAACUCUUGUCUCUGAGACACGUCAUCAACCUGCGGUCCGACCUGCUGCUGACCCCGGACUUCUACUGGGACCGCGAGAACCUGGAGCGGCUCUACGAGCAGACCUGCCGCUUCCUGAGCAUCAGCCGCCGCGUCAACGUGGUGAAUGAGAAGCUGCAGCACUGCUCUCAGCUGACGGACCUGAUGAGGAGCCACCUGAGCGAGAAGCACAGCCUGAGGCUGGAGAGGAUGAUCGUCUUCCUCAUCACCAUCGAGGUUCUGUUUGAACUCGCCAAAAUGGUCUUCUGAUCCGGAACGCCUGCUGGAAGACCGGCGCUACGGCUCCCAGAACCAGGAUCUGGACCAUCUGCCCAAAACCAGGAUCUGGACCUACACCUAGACCAGGAUCUGGACCUGGGUCUGGACCUGGGCCUAGACCAGAAUCUGGACCUGGACCAGGAUCUGGAUCUGGGUCUGUUCCAGCCUCUGCUGGACUCAGUUUGAAGUGAGACUGACCAAUGAGCAGAACGGUGGUCUUGAGGACCCAACAGAACUCUUGAAGUGUCUGACCUGAAGAACCCUGAACCGCUUUGACCUCUGACCUCUGUGUUGCGGUCUGAAGGUCAGCCGGUUUGACCUCUGACCUCUGUGUUGCGGUCUGAAGGUCAGCCGGUUUGACCUCUGACCUCUGUGUUGGGGUCUGAAGGUCAGCCGG